GUUACCGUGGAUAGUUAUACAACUCAUGUACAAAUGCCAUCAUUUUGUUCAAUUUAACACUUACAUGUAACUACAAACUAGUUUAUUAUUAAAUUUAUGUUAUGUAUUAUUUAGUUCUAUAGGGAACUGUAAGUAUUGGUUUUAAGUAUACCCUCCCUCCCUCCCAAUGUUAAUCAAAUAUCAUUUUGUGAAAUUCCAUUUUAAACUAUUUGAAAUGCUCUUGGUAUAAACAGGUUGCAACCCUGUAAAUAUCAAACAAGUUUAAACAUGUUUAGGAAAGUAUCCUUCAUAAUAUAUUACAGUGUUUUACUACUUACUUAUUAUUUGUUAACAGCUUAUCAACGAUGUAACAUCAUACUACAUGUAGCAGUCUACACGCUUUUUUCCCCGGUCGAGUAACCAUUAAGGUGAAGCUUCUAUAUAUAUAUAUAAUGUACUUUCCGUAGUGCAAAUAUAGAAAUUGUGUCAAGUUAAUAAUGAUAUCAAAUAUUGGACUUUCCUAUUUAAAUAUACUAACAGUCCACGGUUCAUAACUCCACAUAUCGGUAAACAAGCAUACUAGAGGUACAUUUUUACGCAAGUGCCAAUUUGAUUUAUACAUAAUAAACUCUUAAUAAAUAUGUAAAUAAAGACAUUUCACAAGUUAAACUUUCUUUAAUAUGACUAUGAGAUCCCAUUUUAACAAAAUAUAUAUUGAAUUUUGCAUCUACAUAUUUUGAAUUGGUGUAUUUAUCAUUUAUUUAUAUGACAUAGUUACAAAAUUAAUUCAGUAUUGCUGCAGCAAAAAGCAGUUUACGUAGAUAACCAAUCAAGAAAUGUUUUGAUUAAGACCUAUCAUAAUAUUGUUUUAAUGUUUAAACGGUUUGUCAUUAGUCAAACAGACGUCAAGGAGACAACAGCAAGAUACAGAUUGAGAGCCAACACCAUCAGAUCUACAGUGAAAUAACAGUGCUGCUACAAUCUACAGUCAGCAAAACAACAAGAUAAGAAAUCAAACAGUCAACAUGGCUUACACUUGUGAAGAAUGUGGAGCUGAAUUUAAAAAACUCAGUCAGCUACUUCAGCACAGACGGAUUCAAAACCACUGGACUAAGUUUAUAUGUCCAAGUUGCAAGAAGAGUUUUACAAGAAGAGACAACCUGGACAGGCAUAUGAAAAAGCAUAGUGAUGAAAAUGCUCAUCACUGUCCAGAGUGUCUAAAAGUUUUUACACGUAGGGAUGCUUUAGAUGAUCAUUUCCAACGACACCACGACCAGACAGGAGGAGGACAGAAGCGAAUAUCGAACGCAAGUGAGAAUGAUGGACCUAUCAAAAAGUUAAAAAAGGGUGCAGACCCACAUCAGUUUUAUACUCUGACGAAAAUUAAAAGUCAACGGAUCGAGAAAUUCAAGACAACAGCUACAUUCUACAAGAUCUCGUUUCAAAACAUUGAAGUAACUGAAAAUAUAUCUUCAACUUUGCGAAGAAUGUUUGCCUCUAUAUUUCAAGAUGUAACGGAUAGAGCAAAAUCUGAAGAUUUGUUGAGGGUGACAGUUCAAACUCCGACUUUGGAUUACCCGAUCGUCAUUCCUUUCAUAAAAUUACCUGAAUUAACUGCUGACAGGUUUAUGUCAGACAUUGAGCGGGUGCUUCGAUCGAACGAAGAUUUUGCCAUUGAUUCAGGCUUGAUGUUAGAAAUCACACAUGUUGACAUGCCCAAAGGAGGAACUAGAAAGAGAUGUAAAUUUGUUGACCUGGAUAAAUUUUUAUCGGAUAAAAAGUGCAUACUUCGUGUUCAAAAUCGGGACAAUUUAUGUUGCGCUAGAGCCAUUAUUACCGCAAAAGCAAGGAAAGAUGGCCAUGAAAAAUGGAACAGUAUACGUCAAGGUUGUGAGAUACAAAGACGACUGGCUGAAAAAUUACAUAAGGAAGCGGGUGUUCCUCCUACACAAUGUGGAAUACAAGAGAUAAAAAUAUUUCAAUCGUUGAUGACAGAGUACCAGAUAUAUGUGGUAUCCAAAGAACAUUUCAAUGCGAUUAUCUUCAAAGGUCCAGAGGCAGAAAAAAAGAUAUACUUGUAUUAUCAUGAUCAUCAUUAUGAUGUGAUCACUAGUAUGCCGGCGUUCGUAUCCAGGAACUACUAUUGUACCCAGUGUGACAAAGGUUAUGAUCACAAAGAAGAUCAUAAAUGCAACUCUGUUUGCUAUGCGUGACGCAAAGUACAUAAUCAAAUGAAAGAUAACUGGAUAGAAUGCGAAACAUUUCGUCGAUUCUUCCGUGGUCAGGAGUGCUAUGAUCUCCACAAACGACUUACAGCUAAAGGAAAUUCAACGUGUUCUGCCAUCUACCGAUGUACCGAGUGUGGAAAGACUGUUAACAAGAAAAUGAACAAGAAGCA